CGACGACGACGACGACGACGACACUUGCACAUCGCCGCAUAACUCGACACUGCAUCUCAACUCGCGCAGCGGCUCAUAGGCGCAAGCAUACACGAUGCAGCGCAAGGCUCUCAAGCAGUUGAACAAGGUCACCCAGUGGACAAACGAAAAGGUGUUCUCUGGUGAGAAGACCCAGUUCUCUGAAGAGUUCACCGAGUUUGAGAGCGAGAUCGACAAGCUCCGCCUCGGGAUUGAGCGCCUCCAUGCCACCUCCACCCCAUUCCAUGACCAGCUCACCAAGCUCACGGCGAGCGCCGACCCCCACCCGCCCUCGGGGUCGAGCAAGGACAAAAUGCUCGUCGGCGAGGCGCUAGGCACCGUCAUGAUCGACUACGGCAACGACGUGGGCGGGGCAUUUGGUGAUGGAUUGACCGCGUACGGACGGGCACGGGGCAAGCUUGCAACUGUCCAGCAGGAGUUUGGGGAGCGCGUCAAAGAGGGCUACAUCACAAGCAAUGAAACUGCACUCGCCGCGGUCGACGAGUACAAGGUCUUCCGCAAGAAGAUGGACUCACGGAGGUUGACCCUGGACGCGGCGCUCAUGCGUCAGAAGCAGAGCAAGAAGCAGUCGGAUUCGCUGGACCAGGAGGUCGAGCUGGCCCAACAGCGCUUUGAGGAGGCCGAGGAGGAGACGAGGCUCCGUAUGGAGGCCAUCAAGGAGCACGAGGAGGCACAGUUCGCGGCCCUGACCGACCUGCUCGAGGCGGAGCGUGACUACUUUACGCGGUGCAAGGAGAUCUUGGAUGAGCUUCGCGAAGAGUUUCCCACGACUGUCCAUUCUUCCUUCGUGUCUUCGGGCAACCGGCCUCGCGCCAAGUCAAACGCCUCGGCCAGGUCAGCAAGCGCGACGUCGCGCACGCCGACUCGGCCCAAGACGCCGACCAGCAGACCCAGUUUCAGCCGGCAGGCGUCGGCCCAAGUUUCUGACGAUGAGGACAGCGGGGACAAGGACAAGAAGGCCAACGGCGGUGAGAAGAAGGGCAACCGCUCGCGCUCGGACAGCGCCGCCUCAGCGGGCAAAGGCAAGUCCUCCCGGUCGAUCAUGCCUUCCUUUGGCUCGUUCGGUGCCAAGUCCAAGUCGUUCGGCAAGAAGUACGACAACAUCAGCGACGAGGAGAAACGGCACAUCUCGCUGGCCGAGGGACAAGAGGACACGCUGUACGACCCGUACACUCCGCCCGUGCGGCCCGAGGGUCGCGCACGCGCACACUCGGCAGCCGGGUCCACCGGGCCAGGACUACAGCCACCACGCCGGCGCGCGCUCACGUCGCCAUCAACGCCAGACAGGCCCCUGUACAAGGUUCUCUUCGACUUUGAGGGCCUCGAAGCCGACGAGCUGCCGCUCAAAGCCGGCCAGAUCGUCGCGCUCGUCGGUGCGCCGACCACCUCGCUGUGGAUGCUGGGCGAGGUGGACGGGCAGCAGGGUCUCUUCCCAAAGGACUAUGUCGAGGAGUACGAGGAGGCCGAGCUCCGCCCGCCGCCUGCGCUCAUCACGCCCCGCCGCACCUCGAGCCCGCGGAUCACGUCCCCCCUGACGGCAGGCUUCAGGAGCACGCCGCAUGCGCGCGCGCCGCUCCCGCGCUCGCGGUCGCACAACGACGAGCUGCUCGAGACGGAGAGCGAGACCGAGCUGUUCCACAACAACGACGACAACGCGUCCCUCGCGGCCGCGGCGCAGCCCCCGCCUGUCGCGUCGGCGAACCGCAGCCGCUCGGGCUCGCUCGCCAAGGGACCCGCGCCGCCGCCGCCGCCGUCCCGCCGCAACACGGCCUCGAACGUUGCGCGCGUCGCGUCCCCACCACCUGUAUCGUACAACCGUUCCCGCUCGUCCACUGUCUCCCGCACGCCGCAGCGCGGCAACUCGGAAGACGAGUCGCCUUUCGCUGCUGCUCAGUCGCCGUUUGCGCACUCGGACGAUGAGCAUUGA